UCAGAAUCGUUAAAAAGGAAAAGAGGCUGUUAUAGAGGAUAUGACGAUGAUGGAUUAUCAAUACUUCCUAAAAGUACUUACUUCGAUAUGACCAGAAAAGGGGUAAACGUUGGUCACUUGAAAUGUACCAUUCCGAAAAAGAUUGAUGUCAAUAUGACUCAAGCCAACGAAAAUGAAUUUUUUCCUGAUUCUCAUUUCGCGAAGGAAGUAGUAGGGACAUUCUUUCAUGAUCCUGAUUAUGUAAUGACUUCAAAUGAUAAAGAGAUGAAUGAGUUCCAGGCACAACAAUCAGAAAGUAUUCUGAAUCGAAAUUGUAAUGCGGAAAUGGACGACGAUUUCUUGCUUAAUAAUGAAGUUCCAUUUGUGUAUCCAAAUUAUUUUGAUGAUGUCAUGGGCGAUCAAUGUUUUGAUUUUAUGGAAAAUGAAGAUGACGAAGAUUGUGAUAGCUCGGAUGAUGAUGAAGGUGAAGCAUUUAAAAAGCUUCAAGAGAUGUUGAAUAAUAAAGACUUUCAUUCGCCCUUGAAUGCUUCUGUUAUUGNUAUUUCGUGGUUCAUGAUGUAUUGA